CUGUCGGAUGGGUACCCUUUAAUGGACAUUGCUAUUUUCUCAGCCACACAAUGAUGAAUUGGACCGAUGCUCAGGCGCAAUGUGAACUUCAUGAAGCCUACCUUGUAGAGGUAGGGACUAUGGCAGAAAAUACAUGGAUUCUGGAAACGUUAAUUUCACCUUGGAAUAACAGGGAGUGUUCCAGGUGGUCUCAAUGCUGUAAGACCUGGAUUGGGGCAACAGAUGUGGAUAAGGAAGGCAAUUUUACUUGGAAUCGCAGAAUAGCAGUCGAUUUUACAAAUUGGUACACAGAUCAGCCUGAUAACUACCUGACUAAAGACAAAAAUGGGAAUAUAAUAGGGCAACAUUGUGCUCUAUUUUGCCGAGAUGGAUUCUGGGAUGAUAAUCGUUGCUUAACGGAGAAAACUUUUAUCUGUGAAAAAGAGUGAUUUCUAACCAAUAGAUUUUUUUCGAUAUAUUAGAACAAUUUUUUUAUGUCAAGUGAAAUAUUGUAGUUUUUUUCUGGAAAGAAUGAUUUAUAUUUUCUUUUUAAUUCAUGAUGUUGAUUGUAUUUUUUUAAGUAAAUAGUAUGUAAAACAUCCGUGUGCAUAGAAUAUAAAAAAAACUAAGGCUUAAUUAAUUAGGAACUGGAAUUAAUUUCAGAAAUCCACUAAUAAUUAUAAUUUUAAAAGUUUUCAUGGGGGUUUAACUUGAGUCCAAGUACUGGGGUCUAGUACUACAAAGGGAUGUAAACAAAAAUUAAAUGAAAAGAAUAGUGACAUGGCAGAGACAUAGUCCCAAGAGAUCGAGGUGUAAGAAGUUAUAAGUAUUAUCUGUCCGUAAGAAUUUAAAAAUAAAAACAAAUGCCAAGAAAUUCAAAGUACAUUGUUUUUUUCUAAUCGUUUGCAUUACUAAUGCAGUACUGUGCACGUGAUUUCACUAAUUUUCAUGGGUUUUAAUUUUCAUUGUCUAGAGUCAUGGA